AUGGCGAUCUGCACCAUCUAUCAGAUCUCGGGUGCGGUGCUGCUCUCCUUGACGGAAAAGGACCUUGAGGAGAUUGCGGAGAGCUUUGGCAAUUCUGUCAAAGGCUUGAAGCGCCACCUCGGCCAGCUCCUGAACCUGCCAAGGUUUCAACAGCGGCUGACGAGUGGCGGCGAUAUCUUGGAGGAUACCCUCCCGCUGAUCGGCCGUCUGCCAGCGGAGGUGCAAUUCCUCAUCGUCUCCCCAGUACCAGAUGUGCUCGGGGAGUCGUUUGCUUUCGACCGUGGCGCCGCGAGGGUUGAGAGGUGGCUCCAGCAGCCCGUUUCUCCGAACAGCCUGGUCAACGAACGAGGGCAGUCGCCCCUUUGGGUCGCCGCCAGCCGCGGCGACUCUGAGAGCGUUGAGCUCCUCCUGGAAGCGGAGGCCGAUGUGAACCACAGCAAUCGGGAGGGAGCCACUCCGCUGGUCGUGGCUGCAAGGAUGGGAAGCCUCGACUGUGCGCGCCAGCUCGUCGAAGCUCGCGCCGACUUGAACCGGUCGGACAGCAAAGGUCUAUCUCCCCUCUGCAUGGCCACUCUCAAGGACACGGACGACGUGGUGACCCUCCUUCUGGAGGCGCGUGCCGACAUGGAGCAGAGCGAUGAGAAGAAGCAAUCUCCACUGUGGAUCGCCGUGAAGAACGGCUGCGUGGAAACCGCCACCUGCUUGGCCCACGCCGGGGCCAAUGUAAACAAGCCGGACGAGUCCUCCUCGCGACGGCAACCGCCCAUCAUGACAGCGGUGUCAGAUGGAUGCCUGGACGUUUUGGAGGUUUUGCUGGAUGCCCGUGCAGACGUGAACCAAGUGGACUACCGGGGGUACACAGCCUUGCAUCAAGCAGCGCUGGAGGACAGCCCAGAUGCAGUUCGCCGCCUGGUGGCCGCAAGAGCAGACCUCAAUCAGACGGACUUCGUGGGGCGAGCCCCGAUGUCCGUGGCGGCAAACGAAGGCCACAUGGACUCACUGGAGGCUUUGAUAGGUCUCCGGGCCGACGUCGAUGUGGCCGACAACACGGAAAAGGACACCCCGCUGCACUUCGCCGCGCGCGCCGGCCAGGAAGAGGGUGUGUUUUGCAAAAGGCAUGGAAAUACAAGCUGCAAGUAUCCUGAUCUCCACAGGCGUGAUCGGCCAAUUCUUAUGCGGGUUUUUCUGGCGGGAUACACGAUCGUCGUCUGCGGACUACGGCUGCUUCUUGAAGUCGGCAAAAGGCGAGAAGAAGAGAUAGAAAGAGCUCGCAAGCUUGCCGGCGAGAUUGAACAUGAGUACGACCUGUUCAGUGAGCGAGACCUGAUCAAUUUCCUGCUGGACGCUGACGUUCGCUUGGUGCGUUUGGAGUACCUUCAAGAGCUUCAGGCUGCCAGACGCUUGUGGCCCCGACGCCAGGAAGCAGAGCAAGAACUCUUAAGGGACGGUCGCAGCGCCUUGGUUACGCGGGAGGAGUUGCAGAGGUUGGAGCCUGGAGAUGGCCAGGAGGCCAAUGCUGUCCAGGUGUUGAGGCAGGGCUACCAGACGUAUUUUGACGUCACGGUUAGUAAUAUGGCAUGGAGCACCCAAGCUUUUCUUGACACGAGGACUGUUCCAACCCUGUUUAGAGUGCGUGGGAAAAGAACAGGAGUCCGCAUCGUGUCUGUGUCCCAUUCCUGGGAAGCCAUGCAGCACCCAGAUCCAUGGGGUUUCCAGCUUCGGGAACUGUGUGAGCGUCUGGUGCCUGGUAAAGGAGAACACGAGAUGUGGGUGUUUGUCGAUUUCAUGAGCUUGUAUCAGUAUAAGCGGACCCCCGAACAGCAAAAGAGCUUCCACCAUGCCAUGGCCAAUAUGCACUGCUUGUAUGCCCAUGCUGCCAUAUCCGAGGUUAUUCGAUUGGAUGUUUUGACAAGUCCCACUUCCAAGCCAUUUUUCCCCAAACCCAUCAGCAUUUACAGUGACAAAACUGAAAGACUGGAGAUGAGGCCUUUCAAAGAGCUAGUGAUGAAUGACACUCCUUAUGCUUUCCGUGGGUGGUGUCGUGCUGAAAUACAGUGGUCCAGCCUGCUCCACGACAUCGGCACAUACGCUCCAAUGUCUCCAGCGGAUUUUUCGCAAGCUGCAUCUUCGAUGGAGAGUGACUCACCAAAGUCUUUCUGGCGGCACGUUGUAGAAAGAACAGUAGGCACUUCACGCAGCAUGCCAAGAGGAACAGGACUGAAAUUUACGCAUCGCUCCGAUCUCGAGAAGGUCAUCGAGCUCCAGGAGAGGGUCUUCAAACAAGUUGCACCGCAGCGCCUGUCAGUAGUAGCACACGGGAUGUCUCCAGCCGAGAUGGUCGUGUUCGGGCGUGCCCUGCCGCAGUAUCGAAACUUGCGAGUGCUGUGGAUCAGAGACAGCAAGAUUGGUGAGGUUGGCAUAAAGGAGCUCCUCGCAGCAUUGAAGGACUCUGCGGGUCUUGUUGGGCUGAUACUGUCGAAUUGUGAUGUGGGAGAUGCUGAGGCAGCACUGAUCGCCGAUUUCCUGGAACAGAGCCGGACACUGCAGUAUCUCCGCCUUGAUUGCAACCACAUCAGCACACAAGGUGCUUUCACACUCGCCGCAUCGCUCACACAGAAUCGCACAAUCAAAGAGCUUGGCGUUAAUGGUAAUCCCAUAGACAAGACAGGCUGGGAGGCACUGAAACGUUCAGCGGAGAAAGGUCUACCGGUCCUGUCUGCGUGCAGUUUGGAAACAACAGUGACAAAAAUGUUACAAGAUUGCGAAAAGCAAGAACGCUUUCGGUUGCUGAAACAAGGGUAUCAUUAA